AUGGUGACUGUGGAAUUAAAAGCCAAAGAGGAGCCAGACUGGAAGAGGUAUAUCCAGACUCUCCAGUCCACUGGACUUCAUGGUACAACUGUUGUUGCUGGAGAGGAGAGACCCUACGUUUGCCCCUACGAAGGCUGCGGUAAAGGUUUCACUCGGGACUUCCACCGCACUCGACACUUGCUCACGCACACGGGUGAAAAACCCUUCGAGUGCACGGCUGAGGGAUGUCAUCAGAAAUUUGGAACAAAAUCAAACUUAAAGAAGCAUGUUGAACGCAAGCACGAGAAUCAACAAAAGCAAUAUGUGUGCGACUUUGAAGGCUGUAGCAAGUCUUUUAGGAAACAUCAACAACUUAAAGUUCAUCAGUGCCAACACACCAAUGAACCUCCCUUCAAAUGCAAUCAUGAGGGAUGUGGAAAACACUUCACUACUCCAAGUAGACUAAAGCAGCAUGAGAAGAUACAUGAAGGCUACGCAUGCAAGAAAGAAAACUGCUCAUUUACAGGAAAAACUUGGACAGAAUUUCUAAAACAUAACAGGGAAAGUCAUACAGAGCCAAUAGUUUGUGGUGAGUGUCACAAAACUUUUAAACGCAAAGAUUAUCUCAAGCAGCAUCAAAAAACCCACGCCGUGGAGAGGGAGGUUUGGCGAUGCCCGAGAGAAGGAUGCGGGAGAACCUACACAACUCUGUUUAACCUUCAAAGCCAUAUUCUUUCCUUCCAUGAAGAGAAAAAGCCAUUCUCUUGUGAUUACCCAGGUUGUGAAAAGGUGUUUGCAAUGAAGCAGAGCCUGGCAAGGCACACCAUUGUACAUGACCCAGAGAAGAGAAAGCUGAACUUAAAAAAAAAGCGGUCCCGUCCUAAGAGGAGCUUAGCCUCUCGCCUGAGUGGAUACAUUCCUCCUAAAACACAGCCAGGAAAGGCUGCAGUUUUGACAGAAAGCACAACAAUGGAUAAGCCCCUGGAAAAUGAAAUACCAGCUGUUGAAAUUCUGACUCUGCAGUAAGGGUUAAUUGACACAACUUUA